UAGUGCGUGGUCAGUUAGAGAACCUCCCUUGUUCACCAGGAACAGACUGACACCUUAUUCUCCAAAAGCAAGAAGAAUGCUAAAGAACUUGGUGGUCAUGAAUGCGUGAAACUUCUCCAUCAGGCCUCAUAACUCAUGGUUUAAGGGAGUUUCAAGUGGAUUUUUUCAUGCAUUCUUAUCUUUAAGGAUUUUAGGAGUGCCCAAGUGUCCUUGAUCUCAGAAAGCAGCCAUGCGCUAUCUCUUCAUUUUAGGAUUCAUAGUGCUUUUAUGUGGUUUACAAAUCGAGGCUACCUCGAAUCGCUGUGAUGAGGCACACACUGUUCACCACUCCACUGUGUGCACGUCCUGCGCUGCUGCACCUGCUAUAGUCUGCCCACAAGGCUUCAGGAAGACUUUGACUAAUGUUGAGUGCCGCUACAAGGUGCAGGUUGGCGACCGCCUGCUGGAGCUUCCUGGCUGCUCUCGCUCCUGUGAGAAAGUCGCUCUCAUCAAGCGAUGCUGUCCUGGCUUCUUUGGGUCUCUGUGUUCAUCAUGUCCUAGAGUGUCAGAGAAAGUGUGUAACUGGCAUGGUACCUGCAUGGAUGGUGAAUCGGGGAACGGCACCUGUGUGUGUGAGGAGGGCUACACUGGGUUUGCGUGUCAAAAAUGUUCUAAUGAGAAGAACUAUGGUGAGCGCUGCAACUCAGUGUGCGAUUGUGUGCACGGAGAAUGUAAUUCUGGACCAAAUGGAGAUGGACAGUGUUUCUGUCAACCACCAUAUUCAGGACCAAAGUGUGACCAAGUUACGUCCUCCUGUUCAGAUUGCAGUCUCUACUCAUAUUGUAAAGGAGAGGGUUCGAGUGCUCGGUGCGAAUGUCUUCCAUCGUUUUCAAAAGUUGGGCACAUCUGUGUAGGUGUUUGCACAAAGGAUGUUUGCGACAUGAAUGCAGAUUGUUCGUAUAAGGGUGCAGGGCAAUUUCAGUGCACAUGCAAAGCUGGCUUCGAGGGAGAUGGCAAAUUCUGCACCCCGAACAACUCUUGUUCUGUGAAUAAUGGAGGCUGUCCGAUAGACUCUACUAUUUGUGAAAACACAGGACCAGGCCAAUCAAUAUGUGUAUGUAAGAGCGGGAUGGAAGGAAAAGACCCUCGUUCUGGCUGUAAGCCGAAAUCUGGCUAUAAGGAGAACACAUGCCACAGGACUGCACAAAGUGAAACUGGCCAGGAUGGAACAGUCAGAUGUAUUUGCAAUCCUGGACAGAUCGGUGAUGGGUGGCGCUGUUAUGGAGAUAUCAUGGAGCGUGUUUUGGAACUGGAUCGGGAAGGCAGCCAGGCAGGAAACCUCACCGGAAGCAUUGCAUUGUUUGAGAGAGGAUGUAAUCUCAUUCUGAGCAAACAUGGGCCAUUUACAGCUUUUAUCCCAGUGGACACAUCACAAAUAUCUAUUGGCAAACUUAAUCAGCCAAGAAAAGCAGAAGCCAUCUGCAAACACCACCUCAUUCUUGGCCAACGUCUUUACAAAGAUUUGGAAGGUCAAGAUUUAUGGACAUAUGGAGGGGAACUUAUGAGAUUUAAACCAAACAAGAAGUUUAUUUCCAAAAAUGAUCCAGAUACACUGUUCACCAUAAUCAAAAGUGACAUACCUGCAUCCAAUGGAAUUAUCCAUAUAGUGGACAAAGUGUUUACUUUUGCUACUGUUGACACCUCAGACAGCGUUGAGUUUUCUUCAAAAACCAUCGGCGACAUUCUUGCAGAAGAUGCCAGAUUCAAUAGAUUUGUAUCUCUGAUAGAUAACUGUGGAGCUCAAAUGCCACUCCAAGGUCCAGGGCCACUCACUCUGUUUGUCCCAACCAAUAAAGCUGUGGACAGAUCUAGGGAUGGUAGUAUAAUAUACAUGCUAAAGGAUGCCAAGCACAAACUUCAGGAGCUUCUGAGGCACCAUAUGUUCUCUCAGGCAGCAGUAACUGUGGACCAGCUGGCAAGCAUGACAGAGAUCCAAACCAUGGCUAAUCAAGUCAUACUAAUCAACGUCACUGGUGAUGGAAGAGUUUUGCUCACUGAAAAAGGAAUUCACCUUAAUGUGAAAGAUAUUGUUGCAUCCAACGGAAUUAUUCACAUGAUUGAUGGACUUCUUGUGCCGCCGUCCAUCGUUCCGAUCAUGCCUCAUCGGUGUGAUGUUAAUGAGACCACCAUCAUUACGAGUCCAUGUGUAAUGUGCAAAUUCGUUGCUGAGUCACAUUGUCCACCCGGAAGUGAAGAACAGACUGCCCAUUUUUAUAAUUGUGAUCCUCUUCCUGAUCCACGAUGGAGUGAAUUUACCAGCGUACGAGGCUGUGCGAAAUACUGCAAAGCAAAACGAACGAGGGCUGAAUGCUGCAAAGGCUUUUUUGGACCUGACUGUAAACCCUGUAUUGGAGGAUUCCAAAACCCAUGUUAUAACAAAGGCACUUGCUCUGAUGGCAUUUAUGGAGAUGGCUCAUGUAAAUGUAGGCCAGGCUUUAUGGGCAUCGGGUGCCACAUCUGCUCUAACCCAAAGAAACACGGAGAAAGCUGUGAUGAAGAUUGCCGUUGUGUUCAUGGCGUGUGUGAUAACAGGCCUGGCAGUCAGGGUGUGUGUCGUAGGAACUCCUGUCAGUCUGGAUACACUGGAGAGCUUUGUGAUCUUACGGCCACGCCCUGUGAUUCAGACGGUGCCUCUGAACACUGCCAUAUCCAUGCUUACUGUACACGCAUUGAUGCCAUAAACACGUGUGUAUGUAAGCCGGGAUAUGAUGGCGAUGGAUACUCCUGCACUGAAGACAACCUGUGCCUGAAAACCGACAGAGGAGGAUGCCACAUAAAUGCACAGUGUGUAUAUGCAGGCCCUGGAAAUGUGUCAUGCGUGUGUAAUGAGGGAUGGAGGGGUGAUGGUGUUGUGUGUGUGGAGAUCAACAACUGUUUAACGGAGAAUCGUGGAGGGUGUCAUGAACAGGCUGAAUGCACCCACACCGGACCUGGCCAGAGUGAAUGUGCCUGUAAGAAAGGAUUCAUGGGAAAUGGCAUCAUGUGUCAGAUCGUUAAUCCCUGUCUGAAAGAAAAUGGAGGCUGCGAUGCCAUGGCAAAAUGUUUGUUUAAUAACAGCGGCAUACACAAGUGUGUUUGUCCAGAAGAUCACUUAGGAGAUGGCUUAACAUGCUAUGGGAACAUACUGAUGGAACUAGAUGGAAACUCGGAUUUCUACACUUUCAACCGCUAUCUACAAAGACACCCAGUGAUCAGUGCUGAGAGCAAUGUGACUGCUUUAGUUCCAUCCAGGGAUGCAUUUAAUAAUCUGACUGUUGCAGAAGAGCUGUUUUGGACCGAUAUGUACCGCCUUCCUUACCUCCUGCAAGCCCACUUCUUGGAUGGCAUUUACACCUAUGAUGACUUGACGAAGCAGGUCAAUAAAACAGUCCCAACUAAAACCAAGACAAAAUGGGAGAUCACAAUUAAUAAUGGGGAGCUUAUGAUUGAUAAUGCUGCUAUUCUUGUCCCUGAUCUCCAAGCAACCAAUGGCUUCAUUCACAUCAUCAAUACAGUUCUGAAACCACCCAUUUCGGACAUCCCCCCUCCUCCCCCUGACCUGAUGGAGGUCCUCAAUAAGACUCCCUCAUUCAGCCUGUUCAGAGAAGCAGCACUGCUGUACAAUUUAACAGAAAACAUCUCAACGAGGUACUUCACUAUCUUUGUUCCAUCUGACAGAGCAGUGAAGGAGUACUUGGAGAAAACUAAUUCUACACGUCUGGAGGAAAACAUUGUGAAAUAUCAUGUCAUUACGAAAGAGCAGCUUUUCCCUGAACACUUGACUGAUGGGACGUUAAAAAAUACCCUUCUUGGAAAUGAGUAUCAAGUCAUGAUUCACUUAAACAGGGAAAAUAAGACACUCAUUAAUGAUGUAGCAUUGGAUGGGAACUUCACCGAGAUAAGACGCGGUGUCCUUAUCAGCAUCUCCCAGGUUUUAACGAUUCACAAAAACUACUGCAGCAAAGACAUGUACAUGAAAACCAUUGGACGGUGUUCUGCGUGCGACGGGGCUCCCAAAUGCUCGUAUGGCAGCAAGCCUGUGAAGGACACGUUCCCUUUGAAUAUGAAGCCCAACUGUAAAUACAGGAUGAGAGUAGGAAAAAGGAGAAAAUCGGUGUCAGGUUGCAUGAUAGACUGUGUAAAUAAAAUAAAGGAUCAUUCCUGCUGCCCUGGGUACUUUGGACUUAACUGUUUUAAAUGUCCUGGAACUGUGGACAACUGGUGCUCGAACAACGGCAAAUGCCAGGAUGGCAUUUUGGGCAAUGGGGAGUGUCUGUGUAAUGAAGGGUUUCAUGGCACAGCAUGUGAAAUGUGUGAGCCUGGAAGAUAUGGCAAAGACUGCAAAUCAGAGUGUUAUUGUGAGCAUGGAAAAUGUCUGGAUGACAUAGAUGGGAAUGGAAAGUGCAUCUGCUACAAGGGUUGGAAAGGAGUGAACUGUUCCGUCGAGAUUGUUAAUGAUGAAUGUGGAGGCAUUUGUGAUCAAAAUGCCAACUGUUUUUCUUCGAGUUCAGGAGUGAAACCAACAUGUGUCUGUGCAGCAGGUUACCAUGGAAACGGCACCUUCUGUCAAGAAACUAACUUGUGUGCCAUUAAUAAUGGUGGCUGCUCAGAACAUGCAAUAUGCACAAAAAUCUCACCUGGAGAAAGGAGCUGCACAUGUAAUAAAGACUACACUGGAGAUGGAACUGUGUGUCUGGAGAUGGACCCCUGUCUUGUUAAUAACGGAGGAUGUACUGAAAAUUCAGAUUGCAUCAAAACUGGACCAAACACAGCUGCAUGUGUUUGUAAAACAGGCUUUGCUACAAAAAGAAAUUACUGCAUACCGAUAAAUCUCUGCCUAAAGGACAACGGAGGCUGUAGCCCCAACGCUAUGUGUCAAUACAGUGGCCCGGGUGAGAGGAACUGCACAUGUCGAUAUAACUACAAAGGAAACGGUAUUGAGUGUAUGGGCUCUGUCAGUAGAGAGCUUCUUCACACACCGGCUGCUAAUUGGUUCCGGAAAAAUAUUGCACAAUCAAGAGUCAAGGAUUUGUACAGUAGAGGACCAUUCACUUUGUUUGUGCCUCACACAGAUUACAGUGGAAAUUAUUCGCUUGAUCUAUGGGUGCGUAAAAACCGCAGCCCAGAUCUGUUGCGAUAUCACAUUGUAGGCUGCGAAGAAAUAUCUGAAACACAGCUUAGGUCUAUCACACGUGUGGUCGCUGCUUCUGGGCAUGUGUUGAAUUUCAACGUACGAGAUGGUGCUGUGUACAUUAACGGCGAUGCAAAAAUAGUCAUUAGUGACUAUGAAUGUUCCAAUGGAGUCAUACAUUUCAUAGAUAAAGUGCUUAUCCCAUAUGAACUGAAGAACGAAACUGAAGGGGUUGAAGAAUCUUUGAAUGUCACCAGUGCAGCAGAAGCAUUUGGAUAUACUGUGUUUAGCAAGUUGCUACAGAAAGCCAACUUGAUGGAUAUGCUGCAGCAUGAAGCAUUUCAUCCUUUCACCAUGUUCUGGCCUACUGACAAAGCAUUCAAUAGUCUACCACAGGAGCAGAAGAACUGGCUGUAUAGUAAAGAUCAUCUUGACAAACUGCAGGCCUACUUGAAAUUUCACAUAAUUCGUAAUCAGCGAAUAGUUGCUAUUGCCCUGCCGACAGAAAAAUCUGCCCGAUUGAUGUAUGGAGCAUCGCUGACUUUCAGUUGUAGCCAAGAUUUAACUGGAGAAAUUUUAAUCAAUGGAAAUGAUGCCAAGAUUGUCGAACGCCAUCUGCAAUUCCUUUGGGGAGUGGCCCAUGGGAUUGACAAGGUCCUAGAGCCCCCAAAUAUAGGGGCACACUGUGAUAACUUUACAUCAGUGGAGAUUAAAGGUCGCUGUGGGUCUUGUAGAUAUCCACCACCUUGCCCCUAUGGCACUGUUUUCACUAACAAAACCAGUACGUGUAGAGAAACAUGGAGACCUCUCAGACACCAUUAUUUUUUGGAUGAUUUCGAUCUUCCCGGCGCUUUGCCUUUUCAUCCUUUUGGCUGUAGACGAAUGUGUUCAAAAAUGUCAUGGGUUUCAAAGUGUUGUAAGAACCACUAUGGACGAAACUGUCAAGUCUGUCCUGGAGGCUUGGAGGCACCUUGUGGAGUCCAUGGGGAUUGUAAUGAUGGGCGAUAUGGGACAGGGACUUGUAAAUGUCACAAAGGUUUUAAUGGGACAGCAUGCGAGCUGUGUGAGAAGAACCAUUAUGGCUUUAACUGUACAGCCUGUACAUGUACCGUUAAUGGGACGUGUUACGAUGGCAUAGAUGGUGAUGGCAGCUGUUUCUGCAAAGAGGGUUGGACAGGAGUGAUGUGCGAGUCCAAAAUUGUUGAGAAGCCAGUAUGUUCUCCUGAGUGCCACUCUAAUGCUGUGUGCCAGCCUGAGAAUCAGUGCCAAUGUGAACCACCAUAUGUAGGAAACGGCUAUAUUUGCACAGCUCCAGAUUUGUGUAGUGAAUAUAAUGGAGGCUGCCAUGAGCAGGCUAACUGCACACAGUCUGAGAUCAAUGUGAUAUGCACUUGUAAAGCAGGCUACACUGGGGAUGGUAAUAUCUGCUCCCCCAUCAACCCCUGUGUUGAGGAAAUUAAUGGUGGCUGCAGUGACUUUGCAAACUGCAUUUUCACUGGGCCUAAUGAGCGGCGAUGCGAAUGUCAUCAAGGGUACGUUGGCAAUGGAGUCCACUGCUUUGAGAAGGUGGUGCCGCCUGUCGAUCGCUGUCUGGAGAACAAUGGAUACUGCCAUGCUAAAGCAAUCUGCAAAGACUUGCAUUUUCACACCAAAACAGCAGGUGUCUUCCACUUGAGAUCAUCAGCUGGGAAAUAUAAGAUGAACUACAGCACAGCAGAGGCUGCCUGCAAAGCUGAUGGAGCCAUGCUCGCUACUCUGAAACAGCUCUCUGAUGCCCAACAGUUGGGUAUGCACUUGUGUGUUGCUGGAUGGAUUGAUGGGAAAAAAGUUGGUUAUCCAAUCCGCUUUCCAUCUGCCAAUUGUGGUGACAAUAAAGUGGGUAUAAUCCAGUACAAGGAUCCUGAUGAAAACACUCCUUAUGAUGCGUACUGCUACAGAAUAAAAGAGGUAACAUGUGAAUGUGGAUUUGGAUAUGUUGGCGAUGGAGAAUUCUGUAACGGCAAUCUUGUCUCUGUCCUCGCUACCCAUUCAAACUUCUCAGUGUUUUACUCUAUGUUAGUGAAGCAUGCAGAGGUGACUGAGGAGGGGAAAAAGCUCUUGAAUCUCCUGUCAACAAGUUCAUCAAACACAACACUUUUUGUGCCACAUAACGCUGGAUUUUCUGCUAAUGAGACUCUGUCAAUUAGGGAUAUGGAAUAUCACGUAUCCUCAAACAACAGCCUUCACUACUAUGAAGAUCUGAAACACAACACAGCAAUCUUAUCUCAGCUGGGUUAUAAUCUUAAAGUUGUAAUAGCAACAAACAACCAAACAGAAGCUGAGGAUUCUCCACCAGUAAAAUUGGUCAAUAAACGGAUGAUUUUAAUUUGGGAUAUUCCAGCCACUAAUGGUCUGAUCCACAUAAUUGAGGGACCGAUCAAAGCACCUCCUGUGACCCCUCCAACACCUUCAGCUGUCCACUCGCAGUCCAGCGCACCCACUGUGACUGCUGUAUUGAUCGUUAUUUUUAUUGGAGGCGUUAUUGCUGGUGUGGCAUAUUAUUUCCUGAGACAUAAGAAUGAUCCCUUUAGCUUCCAAUAUUUUAAGAAUGAUGAUGAAGACGGUACGUCCACUAAGACCAGUGCCAAUCCCGCUAUUGUGUCCAUCCCAAACCCUUUAUACAGUGGAUACAGGGCAUUUGCUGAGCCAUUUGGGGAAGGAGAACAAUGUGAAUCACCUGCAUCGGUUGCAGCAGACACACCAAACCUCAUGGACUAGCACUCAGAAUUCCAGUUUUUAAAAUCAAUGUUUUAAUCAGAAUUUGACAAACAUUUCCUGUAAGCAUGUUGUGCCUUAACCUUUGCCCUUCAGCUAUGUUCAUUAAUUAAGACACCCAAAGCUUGAAGAUUUAGAACAAUGAGUUAUAUUACAUUUAUAGUUGUGUUUAUCCAAACUGAUGUUCAUGAGACCGAAUACAGUGCAAGAACAGAGCUCAGUAGUUGAUGGUUAAGCUUCUUACUCAAUGGUUUCUCAGUCUGCCAUUUUUCAAACUUGUCCAUUGUAAGAUCUCAUCCAGUAAAAUGGUUUGAAUCCAAAACCAAAAAUCUGCUGCUUCCAAUUAUAACUGACCUUAUUGGAAUAGACUGGCAUUAUUUCAUAGUCAUAGAAUUGUCAGAUAUUUACACAACUGCCAGUAAUAUAAAAUGUCAAUGCUUUUAUGUUGCGAUUCGUUUAAAAAAAAUUCAUUGCAACAAUUAAUCAGUUCACUGAAGAUCUAAUAUUAAUGCUAGCACUGCUAAUAUUAACGCUACCAAAAUUCUAUUUAGAAUGAUCUCUUGUGUAGUGUAAUUAUUGGCUUAGUGAUCUUUGCUGUUGGUGGUAGGAAUGUGGCCCAAUUCUUAAAAAGGUUUGCUAGUUCCCAGGUCAAGUACUAGAACCAUGUUGGACGUAAGGUCUAUAACAAGUUUGGGAUUGGAUUUCAACUCUCUGAUCACUAGUGUCAAUCCAUACAACUAUAGACUGUACCAUUCUACUGUAACUCUGUAUAUAAACAGAAACAGAGGCUGCUGUUUUCCAUAAGACUGACAAAUAUAAUAGAACCUGCUUCGGUUGCUGCAAUAAUAAGUCAAUGUACAUUUGAGAUGGUCACAAGAACACCAUCGCCAAACAUUAUUAUUUUAAGAACAAAGCCCCUUUGAUAUAACAAGGUUUCCCCUACAAAACUAGCCAGAAUGUGUUUCUCAGGUUAACUUUAGAACUAAUCCCGCUGUUUUGAUAGUGUGCGGUUUCGGGUGUUUCUGACUGCCAAUAUUAAUAAUCACCAUUUGGCCAUGUGUUACUUCAUAACACUAACAGAUUGCUGCCUGAAAUACUUGGCUGAUCCAAAAUGUCACACUCCAGCUGUAAUGUGAGAGAGUUAGCAGAUUAGUUUGCCUGCUUGUGUAUUCAUUAGCAUGUAUCAGGGAUAAAGCUUUUUGAUAUUAAUAAAAAAAAAAAACACUCUGGCAUACUUGGACAUCUGAUGUAAUUUACAGUAGUAUAUUUCCAUUAGAAUGAUCCUUUGUUUAAGACUAGCAUCUGCAGUCAGUAGUUUCUCAAAACUACGUUUCUUAACCCUUAACUGCUCAGCUUUGUCCCCAGAUGAAGUCAUUAUGAAUAAAAUCUUCAAAUGUCUGCAAAACAUCUCUUAAUCCAAGUUCAGAAUUAAAACAACAUAGACUCCAGUACAGUAAUCCCUCGCCACUUCGCGGUUCAAGUUUCGCGGCCUCAGAGCAUCACUGAUUUUUCUAAAAUAUCCAUUGAAAAAUAAAAAUUUAAACGGUUUCCCAGGAUGCCAGACAAAGAGAGAAACUCUCUCAGAGGCUUUGUACAUACCCAUGGGCACUCAGGCACAUGAUUGGUUCCCGGCAUGAGAUCUGAGCUGAUUGGCUGCGCAUCAUCGCAUCCUCUCCCAGCUUCUUCCCUUGUUGUAUCUCGCCACUCUCGUUCACGCUGUCAACCAUGUCUCACGUAUUGUGUAAGCGGAUUUUCACCUAGGGGUUCCGGUUCUGGUUUCUUUGUAUGCUUUGUAUGAUUAUCAGGAGUAUCUAAAUGCUGAAGCCACUGUUUUGACUCAUAUUACACUUGUUACUACAUCCAACUGUUUGAAACACAUCUGACAAAUAAAAAGCUCAGCAGUGCAUUACAUCAUAACACAAGUUCUACAUGCCCUUCAUCUCCAUUGUACAGUGUACACCCAGUAAGUAUUAUUAGUAAUCUGGACAAAUAGUUGGUGUCCAGAAUAACCAGAAAAAGAAAGAUAUUAUAAAAUAAUUAUAUAUACCUAUGAAAAUGGUCGGGAAAAGAUGCAGGUGGUUGAAAUCCUAUCAAGAUCUAAUUAAAAAACAAGACACCCGAAACAGCUGAGUAAAUGCAUUCAUUGCCUCAUCGAUGAACAAGCCUUGUUUUGUAUGAACUGUCACCAUUCAGCAUAAAUUCCAUGUCGUAACCUACAAUUCAGAAGAAAAACCACCUUACACUCACGAUCCGGUAAUGAUAUUCUCUGCUAACUUCAACCAAAAAGCUACAAGCAUUCAUUAAUGAAAAAAGGUGCAAUUAACACCUCCUAAUAAGCACAAUGUAAUCUGCAUAAUAUUGUUUGAGAUUUCUUAGUAUAUUAUUCAUAUUUUGUUAGCAUCCUCUAAGCAAUGGUCUAUUUCUCCAUUUACUGAUGAACUGUUCUUGUAAGUAAACUGAACACAACUUUCUUGUAAGGUUUGUUUAGGUUGAAUAAAAAUCUCAUUUUGUAGAAAGAGGGUAAACACUUCUGAGAAGUGCAUUCUUGGAAGCCAAAGCUCAAGAUCGAUUAAUGGUGAAGUAGGUUACAUGCAGAAAGUGUGAGGGAAGGUGGAUAAAAAAAGAAAAAAAAUGCACUCAUUUCAUCACCACAUUCCCUUUUAUCGAACUGCAAGGUCUGAAGCCCAGCUUUCAGCAGAGUUAAUUAACUUCAAUAUAAUUUUUGGCAUUUUUGCAAUUUCUAGUUGCCAUUUCUGUUGUAUACUACAUUACAGUGUGGUUUCCUGCAAAUCCUUGCCUUCUAUAGACAACCACGUUAUACAAAAUGAAAUAUAUUGUUAACACAAAAUAAAUGUUAACUGGUCAUCUGUC